AUGAUCCGGCUGUGGGCCUGGCGAAGCGCACAGCACUGGCGAGGGUCGCUCGGGCGGGCCGUCCCUCAGCGUUCGCUGAGGCCCUGCAUUGCCCUGGCCCGGGGCUUCUGCGUGCAUGUGCACCACCCGCAGGAGCACGAGCCAGAUGACGUCAGAGCCCUCAAGGCAGCAGCGCAAAAGCUCCUGGAGGAGCCAGGGCUGGCUGCUAAGGUCGCCAAGACCACAGCCGCCGCAGAAUUUCUGGAUCAGUGCGAGGCUGCCUCUGCGGAUUCAGAGCAAGCGGAGGCUCCGCUUCCAACUGCCCGUCAGCUGGAGCUCUAUUUUCUGCACAACUUCAUCCCGUUUAUCGGCUUUGGCUUCUGUGACAACGCUAUCAUGAUCCUCGCCGGCGACUACAUCGACGCCAAGCUUGGGCUGACCUUAGGGCUCAGCACCAUGGCGGCCGCUGCAUGGGGCAACACGUUCAGUGACGUCAUCGGGCUAUGGAUCUCGGGCUUCAUCGAGACCUUCGUGGGCUCGACCGGGCUCCAGCACCACAACUUGACCAGCGGGCAGAUGGAGCUGCUCACAGUCCGCAUCGUGAAGAACACUUCCAUGAUUGCGGGAAUCACCUUGGGCUGCAUUCUGGGAAUGUUUCCGCUCAUAUACCCGGAGGACUGGCGCUUUUGGCCCUCUCGGCACGACCUGGAG